CGUCCCGAUCCCUCCCGGCUCUUGGGGCUUCACGCUUACCGCACUUGCUAUAUCACCCAGAAGAUCGAUCACUUUGGUUUUGCUGAAAAUCGCACUUUCAAGCAGCGUUACCUCCUAGCAGAUCAGCACUGGAAGAAAGACGUUGGAUCCAUCCUCUUCUACACUGGCAAUGAAGGGGACAUCUCCUGGUUUGCAAAUAACACGGGUUUCAUGUGGAAUGUGGCUGAAGAAUUAGAUGCGAUCCUGGUUUUUGCUGAACACCGAUAUUAUGGGGAGUCUUUGCCUUUUGGAAAUAAGUCAUACACUGAUGCCAAGCAUCUGAACUACUUGACUUCAGAGCAAGCUCUGGCUGAUUUUGCAAUACUUAUCCAGCACUUGAAAAAUACGAUUCCUGGAGCGCAGAAUACUCCAGUGAUAGCCAUAGGGGGAUCCUAUGGAGGAAUGCUCGCUGCCUGGUUCCGAAUGAAGUAUCCCCACAUAGUAAUUGGAGCUUUGGCUGCGUCGGCCCCCAUUUGGCAGUUUGACAGCUUGGUUCCUUGUGGUUCCUUUUAUAAGAUAGUGACUGAAGAUUUCAGAAAAAGUGGGCUUGGCUGUUCAGAAACCAUACGAAAUUCCUGGGCAGCCAUUAAGCGUAUUGCUGGCACAGAGAAAGGCUUGCAGUGGCUUUCCCACACAUUUCAUUUGUGCAGUCCCUUGAAAACCACAACAGAUGUCAUCAACUUCAAAGAAUUGCUGAGAGAGGCAUGGAUAUAUUUGGCUAUGGUAGACUAUCCAUAUGGAGCAGCCUUCUUACAGCCUCUUCCUGCCUGGCCUGUUAAGGUUACCUGCAAAUAUCUGAAAAAUCCUAAACUGCCAGACAGAUUGUUGCUCCAGAAUAUCUUCCAGGCUGUAAACAUCUACUACAACUACACAGGAAAGACCUCCUGCCUGAACUUAACUCAGACCGCUACUAAAAGUCUGGGCCUUCGGGGCUGGUCUUACCAGGCCUGCACGGAGAUGGUGAUGCCCAUGUGUUCAGAUGGUAUCAAUGAUAUGUUUGAGCCACAGAAAUGGGACUUCCAUGCUUACUCAGAAGAUUGUUUCAAAGCCUGGGGGGUACGACCCCGCCCUUACUGGAUUCCCACUAUUUAUGGUGGGAAAAACAUAAGUGCUCAUAGUAACAUCAUUUUCAGCAACGGAGGAUUCGAUCCCUGGUCCGGGGGUGGCGUGACAAAGAAUAUCACGGACACUCUAGUUGCAAUCAUCAUCCCGGAAGGAGCUCACCAUCUGGAUCUGCGGGCCAACAACCCCUCGGAUCCCAUCUCCGUCCUGCAGGCUCGCCUCUUGGAAGUCCACUACAUGAAGUUGUGGUUACAGAAACAAAAGAGGGUUAAAAAGUGCCCAAAGUAA